UGAACUGCAUGACAAAAUCAAAUGAGUUAGUAUCCCUGGAGAAAAUUGCCAAAGGACUUGCGCCAUCCCUUUGUGGUAUGAACUGCCUCUAAUUAGCUGAGAAGGAAAUACUGUAAGCCUGAGAUCUUUGGCAGGUCAUUUAAGGAAGUGCUGGUAUGCAUUUAAGUGUCUCAUGCAUCUAGUCACUGAUACUCUGUUAGUUUUAAUGAGCACAUAUACAUCUAUCAAAAUGGACCUAGACCUUGAAAACUUAAGCUAGGCACUUAAGAAAGCAUGUCUUGCCCACUAUGCUGCUUCUAAAUGAUUUUUUAUCAUUGGUAGAUGAUAUAAGUGAGCCUGACACCAGACAGGGGUUAGGUACAGUUUCAGACAACUGCAGGAUCUUUUUUCACAUCAUUAAUAAUAGAAGGGGCAUGCAGCAGUCAGGAAGCAGGAGACCAGGCUGUUUUUAUUAUUGCUGAACAAGAGGGGAACAUGGACUUCUCUGUUUUGCCAAACAACAACCACCCUGACAAAUUCCUUCAACUAGAAGUGAAGUCUUUAAUGAAAAACUCUGCCUUUCUACAAGCCAGCCUAGCAAAAUUUCCAGAAGCAGCUUUUCCAGGAGCACAACAAUGGCACAACAAAGUCUAUUUACAGAGUGAAAAAAGAAAUGUCUUUGAGCAUCCUGGCUUAGAAGAGAGUGGGGUUACCCCAGCAAUGAUUGACAAAGCUCUUGGUAAACACAUAACAACUGUCACCCUGAAAUCCACCAUCAAGCGCAAUCCCUUGUUCACUGACACCCUAACUGAUGAUGAAAGAGAAAAGAGGAAAAAAAUCCCUUCCUGGACUGUUCAAGACUAUGACAAGCAUUCACUGCAUUCUAACUUGGCUAACUACUUGAAGGAAAACCCUAAUGAUCUACAGUUUUGGAUGGGAGAUAUUUAUACUCCUGGGUAUGACACCUUGCUGAAAAAGAAAGAGAGAGAAAAGAAACAUUCCAAAUGCUGCCUAAUCAUCCUGCUUGUGGUAUUCACUGUCUGCGUCUUGAUCUCAAUAGUUACCAUUAGCAUAUUAUUUACCUGACACAA